AUGCGGCAGUCGCGGGAGGCGUAUCUGCGCUUGAAGAAAGAGGGCGCUGACUGGUGCUCCACGCUUGAACGGCAGAUCGAGGCUUUGCGUACCGAAAACGAACAGCUGAUUCGAGAAAAAGAAGUUAUGUCGCGCUUCGUGUCCUUCCCAAAGAUUUAGAGGCUCUUGAUCAUAAUUCGCUUUGAAUAGGUGGUAGUUGAUGAUGUAACUAGUAACUACUUGCUAGAGUGGAGGACGAUAUUGGUAUGGCUGAGUUGUACUAACCAGCUGGAACCAACAAGUCUUCUUCUACCAUGCAAUUUGGAUUGUAGAUUUCAACUCCUGCACAUCUAACCACCAUCAACAAGCUCGCGGACAACUUCCUUCUGGUGGUACCGCACAGCGCGGAUCUCCUUCUACGUUUCGUCGUGGUUCUCAGGGAGGGCAACUUCAUGCUUCCAACAAUCACGAGUCGAUGGAAGUCGAGGGGCGAGGACGUGGGGGUAGUGCUGAUUUGGAUGCAGAUGCCGAAGCGUAUGAACACACAGAUCCAAGGACAGGAACAAGAACCGAGUCACUAAAACGGGAAGACGAAAGCAGGAACAAGACUGUGACCGCGUUGCAUAUUCAUAUGGCUGAAGAAUAUGAGUAAAUGAUAUUAUAAUUCCCGCCCUGUUAUUUUCUCUUUUCUAUCUUCCUCUGGUCUACUUUCUUUUUGCUAGUAAGUUAGGUCGGCUCCACCACAAUAAAUAUGUUAGUGUUUCCAUUUGCAUGCUUUUUACUAGAAAAACGAAAAGGCUUCACUUUCAAUGUUGUAGGUAGUUCCUUUUGUCGCAACUACUUGAAUUUAUUAGUGCACGGUCCUACUCGCAACCGCAAGAGCCCCUUCUAAUAUGCGGAGGCCAAGAGGAGCUUCUUCGAAUGAACAGUUUUCCAAUGGCGUGCCUGCGGGAGGGCAUCAUCAGCACAGCUCUACCAUGAGUAGCAGUCCUACUACUGCCGUAGCCGCUGUGACUGCCGCAUUGCUGUCUGCUAGGGGAAAGGGUCCUCAAGUUUACGGCAAGAGUGAUUGUCGCAGGGGCAGGAGAGCAAUAGAUCAUUCCUAAAAUCAAGCAUUACUCAUUGCAUUGGAAAUGAGAUUUUCAAGAAUUAGACCACACUACAAGACACUCUGAUGAGUUCGACACUACGAUCAUCUAAAAAUACUUACCAUUAUUCGUAGAUCCCUUACGCUUGCUCAUCAUGAUCAUCUGUCUACUUACUUAAUUUUCUAACCUUCCUUUUCCGAUCUCGGCACGCCGGUUUCGCAAGUUCGUGAGGCGCAUUCUCCACAAGGGAACACGGAAUUGGCUAUGCUCCUCGAAAAUGCAGCUGAUUGGGACAGGGCUCGCGCUGAACUCGCAGACCAGAACAGAAAACUCGAAGAAAAAUGCAAGGAGUUGGAAGAAGAGGUAUUGAGCCGGGUUUUGUUGGUCGCUUUAGUGGUUAUUGUUAUAGUUCUAUCAUGGCGUUCUUCUUGUUACUCUUCAGUCAUGUUCUCACGAUCUGCUACUUCAACUUCAACUACUCACAAAGACAUUAUCGUUAUCCUCGAUCACUUUGACGAAGCUAGGAACCGUAACAUCCGUUUGAAACCCUCAAUCUAUCACCAGGUCCGCGUGUUGCAGAAUGCAGCUACUUUCGGUCGGGCUCGGAAGAAGUAUUCCACCAUGACUCUCGGAACGGAAGCGGACGGUCUGGGUGCCUCCGUUAAAACCACCAUUUUGCAUGGGACACCUCUGAUCAAGUUAAGAAUUGGAAUCAAGGCAGUUCGUUAUAUGUGUUGGUUGCUUAUUUGUUGUAGCACUUCGGGUACAAUAGUAUUUCUGAGAGCAGCACUAGAGUCAACAUGAUCAAUUUUGGUCUUGUCGAACCACAACAGUACAAGUUUUAGUAGUGUCAGUACAACAAAACAACGUACGGUUGUACUCAAAGUACUACUAUGGUACGGUGUAAAUUGUAUCAGUGCUAGCAGUCUCUAAGCAAGGAAGAAUUUGACUGGGCUGACGAUGAUUUGCGAGAUAGUCCAGAGCUUGCACAGCAGAUAGCUGUUGGGAUGCAACGACCAGUUCUUGGUGGAGGUGUACCACAGGAGAUUCCAUUAAGGCAUGUGUUGUGCAAUUUGUGUAAAUGGGUUUUUUAUACAUAGUACAUGGCUAUGUUUGAAUGAACUACAGGGUAAACAAGCGGGACCACAGGCAAGAAAAUCGUGGAGUCCUUGUACUUAAGUACUGUCCUUAUCGAUUCUCGGCAGGAUGAUCCUCUCAUAUAGAAUUGCAAGUAAUAGUAACCCUAAGAGAAUGAUCCUUUGAAGUGUUUCUUUCUCUCCUACUUCUACUUCCACUGCUAAUGAGGACUGAGACCAAAGCUGUGGCGGGUAGAGAAGCAGAGGAAGCGUUGUUAUCUUCAGCGGUUGUGGAAGGACGAGUCUCGAUCAUGGAUCCUGAACGCAAGGAACUUCAGAAUUAUGAGGAAAUGAUUUGUACAAGGAGCAGUUCUUGUACUGUUGAAACACAGGACGAUUGUAGUAUGUAUUCAGAAUUCCAUUGCCAACGACCAUGAUUAUUAUGAAAACAGUCCAUGAUCAUGAAAUGUGUACUUUAUAUAUAUCUUGUCCCACAAAAAGUACAGCAUCAUCAUCAAUGUGCUUGUAGAAGUCCCUCUUCCCUCUGCAGCUCCAUCAAAUGCUUCUAUUUGUUCCCCCCUCUAAUAUCAAUCUCCUACUUCUUUAUCUUCCCCCUCCAUCAAUCUCCUUGCUCUAAUGAUCAGCCGUCGGCAAUUUAACUCGGGAGCGUGGCGACCUUCAACGACAAGUAGACCAAGCGGGAGUAGAGAGGGAGCAAUUGGAGAUAAAAGUGAAGGAUCUGGAAGAAUCUAAAGCAGCACUGGAGAGAAACAUGGCUGCACUGGACGAACAGUUGAAGAAAACAACAGGUAAAGUAGAUCUUAGAUCGAUAGAUAGAUAGAUAGUUAGAUCGACUUUUUUUGCUGAAUAAUUUGUAGAUGAAGAAAGAUUUUUGUCUGAGAAGUAGCAGGUUUGAAAAUGAAACUCUUCCUUGUUGAAAUGUCGUACUAAAUCCAUCUCCUCGCGGCUAUCUCCUUGUAGUUGAAGAAAGUGACGAGAAGGAGGAGACGAGACCCACCUUCUAAAGAAGUACAACAAGUACUUACAACACAUCAAAAUGUCAACAUCCACCUACAUACAGGACAAGAGGAGACCCCAGAAGCCCAUGACCGCGGAUCCCACGACAAGAUUGUCUUUAGAAUAGACGAACCAUGGCCACAGGCGAUCCUGGACCUCGUUGAAGGGAAAGUUGAGAGCGCAUUACAACAAGCGGAGACGAUGAACAAGUACUUACAACUUACCACACUGAAAAAUAUUUAUAAGAAUUUUUACACAAGGCUCCGGCCUGCCUUCGAUGGUGAGACCUCUGGGGCUGACAGGACCACGACAGCGCCGGCGCUUAGUUAGUAGUAGAUAAGUUCCUCCCUCUGUUUUCUUUUUUCGGUUUUUGUUUUUUCUAGUUAGAUAUGCUCCACCAACUUUCUAAGAAUUUUUACAAGAUGAGCAGUGAUUUAUAGAUAUGUUGACAUUACGAACAACCACUUCCACAUUUAUACAACAACUCAAGAAUGUUCUCGCUUGUUGCUGUUAAAAAUGUUAUCGACGACUAUAAAAUCAUACCCUUAAAUACUUACUCUUUUAUAUUGGAAGAAAAUCGAAUAUUAGAAGCUUCCUGUAUCAUAACAGGUCGUCCGAAGAAGCAAAAUUAGCACGUUUCGAAGAACUUGAGAGCGCACUUGCAACAGCUCAAGGAGAAGUUGAGGGCCUUCAAAAGAAGCUUGAGGUUGCACUUGACAGGGAAGCGGCACUUCGGGAGGAAAAUCUUAAACAUGCGGUAGACAAAACUUCACUCGAAAAUACGCUAGAAGAAAAUCUAGCGAAGCUAUCACAGUUGUUAUGGAACAAGGGGUGCUAAGAACAAGUAUAAUUUGAUCGAUUCUUCAACUUUUUUAUCCUGAGUAAUUGUAGGGAAGAAGCGCGAUCAAGGAGUUUUCACUCACACAUCGGAGGUACUCCAACAACAACAACAACAACAACAAUACUACUACGACUUUUUCUAAGUAAAAUCUUUUCAAUCAAUUCAAUCUUGAAAACGUUAGAGAUAGCCUGAAGGGGACGAUAUGUUUUUGCUAAGUAAAGUUUUUGCUUGAAGUUGAGUAGACACGUCUACUACAACGACUUCUAAUUCUAUUUGAUUGAAAUAUAAUUUUAGUCUCCGACCUCGUCAUCGAUCGUCUCGUCUAACAUCCGAAUCGGAAUUGGCGACCGAAAAGGGGAGAUUCGAGAAGCAGCUAGAAGAGAAUGUGGAGAAGGAGCGCGAAGCGAGAACUACAUUAGAAAAACAGCGGGAUCAAGCGAGGGCCUUGGCAGAACGUCAUCGAAACGCCAGUCUAAAAUUGAAGGAAUACAUCAGAAAAUUAGAACAGAAUAGUGCAAGGUGAAGUAGCAGAAAUAGGAGUCCUUGUGAAAAGAAAAAUGAAGUACUUUUUAGAAGUACACCUUCGACUUUCUCUAGGCAGCGUGUAGAACUUCUGCUUCCUAAGGCGUCCACGAUGUGGUGUCGUGGAGCCUUUUAGCAGUAGUAGUUCUCCUGCGCCUGCGCGACGGCGAUCGAGAUUUGUGGCGCACGAAGGGGGUCAGGCUUCAGAGUAUCAACAAGAUGUUAUGAGAUAAAUGAUGCUACUAACUAUGUAUUCUUUCAACUAACUAUAAUAUUGAUAUAUUCAUAAGGUGUGUGAGAUUCAACAUUUGUUUUCUCGUUUUUGAUGUCGUUUUUUCACAUGAUUUUCUUUGCUGCUCAGUGUCGUCGCUGUUGGUUCCCCCGAACCAUAACACAAUACUCCUGAUGUGUACACCUCCACCUCUAUUCUGAAUCAACGAUAAAGUGAUCCCCUUUACCCUGGAAUCAACUUAGCGGCUCAAACAACUUCAAAGAAAAGCAUUGAUUGAGUUCGAUCGUUCUACUCGAAAGUUGUCGUCGUCUUCGGAAUAGACGUAGG